AUGUGUAGGCUACCAGUCGGCUUGAACAAUCGAACCAACACUUGGAACUUAGAAGAGGAUGUUACGGAAGUCCUAGAUUUUCUUGAGUGGGCUACUCUAGACGAUUCCAAACAAGAGACCAAAACAAGAGAAAAUGCAACAAUCGCAAAGCGUUUCAAGAAUGGUUGA